GUGAGCAGCACAGAAAGUGGUACAGCCCAUGUGGAGGCAGGAAGCCUGCGAGUGAGAGGCAGUCAGUCAGUCUUGCUGGGACACUCACUCAUACAACACAGUCCACUCCUCGGAAACAUGGAGAGAGAACCGUCGCUCGGACUGCGACUUUUCACAGCGCUCGUCGUCUUUUACGGACUCACCGGUGUGUCCAGUAACCUGGUGGUGGUCCCUGACAAAACGGACGCUGUGCUGGGCAAGAACAUUACACUGAGCUGCAGGAUCGAGGCGCCCCCUGACCUCAUCCUCAUCCAGAGCUCCUGGGAGCGUCAACUCCCUUCAGGCAAAGCGAUCUUGGCCGUGUUCCACAAAGAGUUUGGAACGUCCAUCUCUGCGGACUACGCCAGGCGCAUCUCGUUUGUUUCCCCCUCUGUCCACGAUGCCAGCAUUACCCUUGAAGGAGUCGACAUUGCGGAUAUCGGCUUGUACACCUGCAAAGUGUCGACAUUUCCGCUGGGAAAUUCCCAAGCGUCCACCAACGUCAACGUAUUAGUGGAGCCGAAGGUGUACGUCUCGGCCGGCUCCGCCACCCUGCUGGACGGCGAGAGCGAGUCGCUGGUGGCCACCUGCAUCGCCGAUCACGGCCGCCCCGCCGCCGAGGUCUCCUGGGAGACCGAUCUGCACGGGACAGUGGAGAGGGAGAGUCGCAACGAGACCGACAGCACCACCAGCGUGCACGUGCACUACCUGUGGCAGCCGAAAAUCUACGCACAAGGGAAGACGCUCAUGUGCGUCGUGCACCACCCAGCCCUGCAGACGGAGUUCCGUAUCCCCUACACGCUCAAUAUUCAAUUUGCACCGAUGGUCUCAAUAAGAGAAGUGGAGAGAAACUGGUAUGCCGGGCAAGCAAAUGUGAGGUUCAUCUGUGACAGCCAGGCCAAUCCCCCUGCCCGUCUGUACACGUGGGUCAGGUUGGAUGGGUCCAUGCCUGACGGCGUUGAGAUCGUAAGCAACGUGUUCACGUUCAUGCGGCCGCUGCAGCUCAACGACUCCGGGGUGUAUCGAUGCGAAGUGACCAAUGACGUCGGCCUCCGCAGCAAGGACGUGUCCCUGUGGGUGCAAGAGCCCCCGUCCACCACGGCCAGCCCCAUCACCACCACGACGCCACACCACAUCUUCGGACUCGGCACCUCCUCGACCCUGGCCUCUUUGCCGGACAGCACCCUGGGCACUAUCAUUGGCGGGGCCGUGGGCGGCGUGCUCGUCCUGGUCCUGGUCCUGAUCCUGGCCGCAGCCUGCUUCAUGCGCCAGCGCCGCACCUUUCGGGGCGACUACUACACCAAGCAGUACCUGGGACCCUCGGACAUGCAGAAGGAGUCUCAGCUGGACGUGCUGCAGCCGCACGAGCUGCAGGAAGUGUACGGCGACAAGGCCAGCAAAGGCAGCCAGGAUCUGAAACCCAAACUGGGCGGGGACAUCAUUUACCCCGACUACGUCCCGCAGAGCAAGGAUAGGAACGACUGGGCCGACCGGGAGGGGGACUACUACCCCGAUCACUACCACGGCCAGAACAUGCACCCCUGCGGGCCUCCGGUAGCGAACGGCUCGCCAUACAUCCCGGAGGACUGCUACAACAAUUGCACAGACGGCGACUACGUCUCCCACUUGGACGGAUCCGUCAUCUCGCGGCGGGAGUGGUACGUCUGAGGACGUGAUCAAGAGACAGAAGGACUGGCAACCACUUCCCUUUAAGGACGCCUUUGCUGCAGACAAGCCAGGACGCCUCCACGAUUUGAUCUGUAUGGGCUUAUGGCGCAGGAGACGGCGCCUCGUGUUUGUGCACCUGUCUUUAAGCGCAGCACGGGAGGUCAGGUGUGGAGACGCGUUUAAACCUCUUAAGCGGCUGGAAAGCUGCAUUUCAAAGAGACCCUCCUCAUGCGUGUUAAAGGGAAAGUCAGGAAAAAGGGAGCGCGAGAGGACUUCCUUCCACUUCAGUAUUGCUUUAGUUUCAACUACUGAGAAGCGGCCGCGAUAACCAGAUGGAGGUUAUUUUGGCGUCUGGAGCACCGAGUGAUCAUCAUCGCGUUUUGUUUGUCUUCUCCCUACUUUUAAUUUGGCAUCAAAGCGACGCCUUGUAGAUGUGAGGCUCACAGCUGUCAUCAUUUGGGGCUUCUGCGGCGACGCACAGCGCCGCCAUUUUCAGCGUCGGCGGAUA